AUGGACAUCAAGGAGCGGAUCCGCCGCUCGCCGCCGCCGAUGCCGACGCCGCAGGCGGUAGGGGAGGCGGCGUCCGCGCCCGGGCACCCGCACGGGAGGAAGGGCAGGGUCGCGGUGCUGCCCCUGUCGAUCGCGGCGCUCGUGGCGUGCGGGGUCAUGUUGCUGCUGCUCGCGGGCGGCUCCGCGGCGAGGAGGGGCUGCCAAUUCUCCGGCGCGGAUCGUACCACUCUCUCCGGCGGCGGCGACGACCGUGGCGGCCUUGACCAGGCCGGACCGCGCGAUGGGGAGCAUGGAACUAUGUUGUCUUCCAAAGUUCAAAGGGACAGACUAAUUGGUGGCUUGUUAGCUCCUGGUUUUGAUAAACAUUCAUGUAUAAGUAGAUAUCGAUCAGCAUUGUAUCGUAAAGAAUCGCCCCAUUUAAUAUCAACAUACCUUCUGGAAAGAUUGAGAGAACAUGAGGUUCUCCAGAAGAAAUGUGGCCCGAAUACAGAGUCAUACAAGAAAGCUAUUGAGCAACUAAAAUCUGGUCAGGAUAUUAUGGCUGGAGAUUGCAACUAUUUAGUAUGGGUAUCUUAUAGUGGUCUUGGGAACAGGAUCUUGACUAUUGCCUCAGCAUUUCUCUAUGCCAUCCUUACAAACAGAGUUUUACUUGUAGAUGGAGAUAAAGGCACUGCAGAUCUUUUCUGUGAACCGUUCCCUGAAACUUCAUGGUUACUACCGCCGGAUUUCCCUAUUGUUCAAUUUAAAAACUUCAGUAUUGGCUCCCCUGAGAGUUACGGAAACAUGGUGAAAGCUGAAGCUAUUCACUCUGAUGGUUCUUUUAAGGGUCCUAAACCUGCCUUUCUAUAUCUUCACCUGGCUCAUGACUAUGAUGAUUAUGAUAAGCUUUUUUUCUGUGAACAUAGUCAGCAACAUCUUCAGAAGAUCCCAUGGCUGAUCUUAAGAUCCGAUAAUUACUUUGUACCUUCACUUUUUCUGAUCCCAUCAUACCAAGAGGAACUCACGAGGCUGUUUCCUCAGAAAGAUGUUGUUUUCCAUCACUUGGGACGUUACUUGUUCCACCCUACCAAUGUUGUCUGGGGCUUGAUUACUAGGUACUAUGAUUCUUAUCUGGCCAGAGCUGAUGAGAAGUUAGGUAUCCAGAUUAGAGUCUUCGAUACUGAAACCGGUCCAUUUCAGCAUGUCUUGGAUCAGGUCCUUGAUUGCACACUGAAGGAAAAAUUACUACCAGAGAUUAAUGCACAACAGCCAAUUAUCUCGACAGGGAACAUCAGGUCCAAAGUUGUUCUGAUUACUUCUUUGAACUCAGGAUACUAUGAAAGAAUCAGGAACAUGUAUUGGGAACAUCCAACUGAGAAUGGUGAGAUAAUUAGCUUCCAUCAGCCAAGUCACGAGGAGCAUCAGGAUUCAGACAAGAAAAUGCAUAACAUGAAAGCAUGGGCAGAGAUUUAUUUGUUGAGCUUAUCUGAUGUUAUGGUAACAAGUGCAUGGUCAACUUUUGGGUAUGUAGCUCAGGGUCUGAGUGGUUCGAAGACGUGGCUAAUGUUCAAGCCGGAAAACCGCACCGUGCCUAAUCCACCUUGCCGUCAAGUUAUGUCUAUAGAGCCGUGCUUUCAUGCUCCACCUUUCUAUGAUUGCAAAACUAGGAGGGGAACUGAUACAGGAAAGCUUGUUCCACAUGUAAGACACUGUGAAGACAUGAGCUGGGGCCUCAAGCUAGUUGAUACGGGUGAGCUGUAG